AGUCUUUUGCAUUCAUGUCGAGCAAGCGGGCAGCUAGUUUCAACUUGCAUUCGAGCUGUCAAGUAUGAGCAAACUGAGACUCCGCGCUUAUAAAUCAGCACGCUCUUUUCUGAAAGCCUCGUGUGAAGCUUUAGGUGAACCUGAACGAAUUAAUUAGCACUCUAACACGCUUGGGAAUCUCUGACGGAAACAAGAAACUCAGGUUUACUGGAGUUUUGAAACGUUAUUGACCAAGUUAAUAGGGGUGGGUUGGGGUGAAGAAAGGAACAGGAAGAAAGUCAGAAAAAAGCAGCUCGACGGCAUGAGACGACGCCAAUGAGGGCAGUCUACAAGAGACGGACUAAAGGAUUUCAUUUCAACAUUUCAGGGUCUGGAAGACGCUUAAGGUUCCCAUAUCCGCUGGAUGACUGAAGGACAUACUUGUGGAUUCUGACAUGGACUGUGCGGAGGUCAAAGUUCAUUUCCCAGCGGUCGAGCAGCUGGAGCCACUGGUCAUCCUCGAGGAAGGGGACGAGUUGGACGAUUUCACACAUAUCUCUACAAGCGGGAAAGGCAUUCUGAGAGUCAAGAAAGAAGACAUGGAAGACAGAAGUAAGGAGAGCGUGAAAGGAAGCACAGAAUCUAGAAAUGAUGUGGAAGAAGGUGAAAGCAUGCACAUAACCACCACUCAGGAGGAAGAGGAAAGCCAGCAAAAGGAAGGCUUGGAAUACAAAACUACAAAGAUUGAGGGAGCGACGGAAACCAGGGAGAACGCCGAAGAGAAAACUGGAUCAGUGAUGGAGAAGGCGGGAGGAGAGACGGAAGGAUCUAAGACAGAUGCAGCACCUAAGGCUGUGUCACUAUCUGAUACCCAGCCUUUGACUCUGAUCCCCAAACUACGAACCAGAGACCAACUCAGCCCUGAAGAUGCUCAGCAAAAGGUCCACAGGUUAUCCCCAGAUUCUCCUGACGCUCUCUACGAGCUGCUCUGCGCCCUGCAGGAGGGCCGUCGACUCAACGACCAGCGCUGCUCCUUCACACUGCAGCCACGCCGGAGGUGUCACUCAGAGCCUGGGACCCCACGUCACAGCCAGAAAGUGGUUUUCUCAUCCAUGACCUCGCUACAGAAGGAGGAGUUCUUCGAGCUGGUGGCCACCUCACAGGCUCGGCGACUGGACGACCAGCGUGCUGACUUUCAGAAACAUUCCCCCGAAACCCCCGUGUGUUCCCCUCAGGAGACUCGCCGUCCCUCCAGCGCUCCUGAAACCUACUCCUCACAGCCCAGACCCAAAUCCAGAAGAAGCAGCUGGAAGGUCAUCGAGUUCGGCCAGACCGCUCCCAAACCAGCGCAGAAAGAAGAGCUCUACAACAUGAUCGUAACUUCACAAUCACAGGGCAGAUUAGAGGAGCAGCGAAGCAAAGCCCCAGGCCCUAUGGAUGAUGAAGAUUUCUUCUCCCUGCUGUUGAAGGUCCAGGGAGGCCGAAUGGACGAGCAGAGAACAGAGCUUCCUGUAGCACUUCGGCAUUAAAAGACACGCCGGCUAACACUGAUGAGUAUUGAUAAAAAGAACAAAAGGCUGUUAUUUUGGUUAGGCCUGAAAUAUGACUUUUAGUCACUUUUUGAUUGAAUUUUGUCUAAAAUUAUGUAAUUUAUGAUCAUCUGAGCCUCAAGUAUGUUUUUUUUUUUUUUGGAGGUCCUGCUUUCUUUUUUUAGUUACAUAACUUGAGUGUUAAUCAUAGUUUUUUGUGUUUUUUUUAAUAAGAAAAGCUAGGUUCAACAAUGGAGCUGAGAUAAAUGUUGCACGUGGUUGCAGCAGCCGUUUAUUAUUCGCUGAUGGUUUUCAGUGUUGCUCUUGUCUUCUGUGAGGUGUUACAGAGAGAGAGAAUAAAGGAACUGAGAAUGCAGGCUUGUAGAAAUGUGUCUGGUAUAAAGCAGUUAAAGACCAAGAGCUGAGAAACAGAAGAAAGAAGGAAAGACACAGUGAGUGAAUAGGGUCAGUAGAACGAAAGAAAAAAAAAAGAUCAGUAAUAAUCGAUAUUUAACAGACGAUAUUCUUACAGGUAUUGAAAAUGUUUUAAAAAGAUUAUUUGUGUAAAUCGGUCUGCGUAUAGAAUUUUUAGAACAUUAUUUCAAUGGAAUUAAAAAUUAAAUGGAAUUUAUUUCCAUAUAGAGAUGCUUUUAAUAGAAAAAUAAAAAAAAAUUAAAAAUAAAUAAAUAAAAAUCCAAGAAAGCACACUGUUACACAAUGAUUUUAUGGCAUUAUCGCUAUCAAGUCCAACAUAAACCCCAAAAUAAUCCACAUUUCACAAUAUAUACUAACAGGAAUAAAUAUAUAUAAAUAUAUGAAAUGAUUCUGGGGAUUCUUCAUCUGGGUCGCUCUGAUCGCAGUUUUACUAUAUGUUUCAUUCGUGUAGUUUAAGAGAUAAAUGUUAUAGAUAUUAUAGUUUAAGAGAUAAAUGUUAUAGAUAUUAUAGCUCGAAUUCUUUAAAAAGCUAACCAUAAAGCUCAGCUUCAAGUCGAACCACUUCCUCAUCACCA